UACUUCCGUGUUCGGAUGCUGCUGGGCCUCCCGGGUGCUGUGAUGCCUUCAGGUCCAUGAGAGCAGGUGGUGAGCGGGCACGGAGACUUACUGCUGGACCCCAGGGGCCCCUGUGCAUGCUGCUGGAGGAGGAGGAGGAAGCCAUACCUGCAGCUGUGCCUGACAUCACAGAGGGAGAAAUUGAAAGGAAAUGGCUUUCCGGAAAGUAAUUCAAGGGUCGCUCGUCCUCGGAGGUGGUGCUGUGGCAACAGUAUAUGGUCUCUCUCAUUUAACUGAUCAAAAGAAAAAGGCAAAUCUAACCCAUGUCCAAGCGGCCGAGCUGAUCAGAACAUCCACUCAGAAUGAACUGCCAUCCAGGGAAGCUCAACUUCUCACAUUAGAAAACACAAAGGAGUUUGAUGUACUGGUCAUUGGUGGAGGAGCCACCGGCUGCGGAUGUGCUUUGGACGCUGUCACUAGAGGACUUAAAACUGCACUUGUGGAACGAGAUGAUUUUUCUUCUGGGACCAGUAGCAGAAGCACCAAACUCAUCCAUGGAGGCGUCAGGUAUCUCCAGAAAGCCAUCAUGAAGCUGGAUGUGGAGCAGUAUAAACUGGUAAAAGAAGCUCUACAUGAACGUGCCAACCUGUUGGAGAUUGCUCCACAUUUAUCUGCCCCUCUGCCUAUCAUGCUGCCUGUGUACAAGUGGUGGCAGCUGCCAUACUACUGGGUCGGCAUCAAGGCUUACGAUCUUGUGGCGGGAAGUCAGUGCCUAAAAAGCAGCUAUGUCCUUAGUAAAUCCAAAGCCUUAGAAUUGUUCCCGAUGCUGCAGAAAGACAGACUGGUCGGGGCCAUCGUCUAUUACGAUGGACAGCACAACGAUGCUCGAAUGAACCUUGCCAUCGCUCUCACUGCUGCCAGGUAUGGUGCUGCCACAGCCAAUUACACUGAAGUGGUGGGCUUGCUGAAGAAGACAGAUCCGGAGACCGGUGCUGAGCGCGUCUGCGGAGCACGUUGCAGAGACGUUCUAACAGGACAAGAAUUUGAUGUCCGAGCCAAAUGUGUCAUCAAUGCCACCGGGCCAUUCACAGACUCGUUGCGCAAAAUGGACAAUCGGCAAACCAGUAAAAUCUGCCAACCAAGUGCCGGCGUUCAUAUUGUGAUGCCCGGAUAUUACAGCCCCGAUAACAUGGGACUGCUCGAUCCGGCCACCAGUGACGGUAGAGUUAUUUUCUUCCUGCCAUGGGAGAAGAUGACCAUCGCUGGAACCACUGACACUCCAACAGAGAUCACGCACCACCCCAUUCCCACAGAGGGAGACAUUAAUUUCAUAUUGACUGAAGUCCGCAACUACCUUAGCAGUGAUGUGGAAGUUCGCAGGGGUGAUGUACUCGCAGCCUGGAGCGGCAUACGGCCAUUGGUCACAAAUCCCAACUCUACAGACACUCAGUCCAUAUCUCGCAAUCACGUGGUCGACGUUAGUGAAAGCGGGCUCGUCACCAUCGCAGGUGGAAAGUGGACGACAUACCGCUCUAUGGCUGAGGACACAAUGAAUGCAGCUAUUAAAGCACAUGACCUGAAAGCUGGGCCCUGCAGAACUGUUGGCCUCUUCCUUGAGGGUGGAAAGGACUGGACGCCCACACUUUACAUCCGUCUGGUCCAGGACUAUGGAUUAGAGAAUGAGGUUGCCCAGCACCUGGCCGCCACCUACGGUGACAAGGCCUUCGAGGUGGCCAAAUUGGCUAAGGUUACUGGAAGGAGAUGGCCAAUUGUCGGGAAGAGAUUGGUUUCAGAAUUUCCGUACAUUGAAGCAGAGGUAAAAUACGCUUUGAGGGAAUAUGCCUGCACGGCUGUGGAUGUCAUUUCACGCCGCACGCGCCUUGCAUUCCUGAACGUGCAAGCUGCCGAAGAAGCCUUACCACGAAUUGUAGACAUUAUGGCCAAAGAAUUGAACUGGAAGGAGCAAAGGAAAAAGGAUGAAUUGGAAGCGGCAAAGCAGUUUCUGGAUUACGAAAUGGGAUACAAAGCGCGAUCUGAACAACUGACCGAUCGAUCCGAAAUUAAUUUAACACCUUCUGAUAUAGACAGGUAUAAAAAGAGAUUUCACAAGUUUGAUAAAGAGAAGAAGGGAUUCAUCACCAUACUGGAUGUCCAGCGUGUCCUGGAGAAUAUAAAUGUUCAGAUGGACUCUCAAAAUCUCCAUGAAAUCCUGAAUGAAGUUGAUCUGAAUAAGAAUGGGCAGGUUGAGUUGAACGAAUUUCUGCAGCUAAUGAGCGCCAUCCAAAAAGGUUUUGUGUCUAGUAGUCGGCUGGCAAUUCUGAUGAAAAGUGCCGAGGAGAACCUGAAUCAAAGAGAACCCAUCUCGGUGGACCGCAGCGGGGGUGGCGUGUGAGUCUUAAGACAGCGGAUGCACGUUUCUGCUACUCUAUAUUGACGACAUUCCAAGGCUUCUUUGGCUGUGUUUGCUGCAGUUUGCCCCCCCCCCAGCGGGAACUUGACAUUUAUAUUUUUUUUUAAGUAUGCAUGUUUAUUUUGAAAAUUACUUCAACUCCAAUGUUUUUGCAGAUUCUAUGCAUCAUAUACCCUUGUAAGUAUCUUAAAAAGUGUGCGGCUCCACAUCUUUGUAGGGCGCAAAGAUGGCUUGAGUGCUGUCAAACCAUUCAUUGAGAUGCCAAGCUUCGAGCGUUGUCUGUAAUACUAAAUACUGUGGCUCAUAUUAUUGGUGGAUGUUUUUGUUUUUAGGGAAAUGUGCUGUAAUAGAAAAUAUCUAUAUAGAGAUUAAUAAUUUAUGCAGAAAUGUAUUUAUGCACUCCAUGCCUGGGGAACUGCUACAGGACUAAAAAAUCAUACAAAGCAUCAGAUUUUUUGAUCACAUAGUGGAUCAUUUAUACCUACAUUCGUGAUGUCAACUCAAGUUUAUCCCGGCAACACAACCAGGUUCAUCCUGCAAUUUUUUUUUAUGUGUAUCCCCUAUCUGUGAUAACCAUGAGAGACCUGCACAAGUGAGCCGCCCAAGGCAACGCGGGGUUUAAAUCAUUUGACUUGCGUGCAAAUCUAUAGUCGUUGCAUAACCAGUGGUUUAUACCAUGCCACUUUUCCAGCCAUUUUGGAGGCCAUGUUUAUAUUUACUCAUGAAUGCCAUUCUUUAGAACCCCUAGUUAUGUUGCCUUCUCCUGAUGUGCUACUAGAUCUUCAUGACUUUAUAGCAACUAUAAUAGCGGAUAUAACAAUGUAUUGUCAGCCCAAAGAACCUUUUUUAGGUUAUGUGCUAGGGAUCACAUGACUUUUGAUUGAAAAUCACAAAAAUAUGGACAAUAGGAGCUUUUUACCUGCGUCAAAUUAUCCAGGUAGUUGAAUUUUCUAUUUUUUGUGUAUUUGAAAUUUUGCAAUCCUGUAAAGCUAUAUUCCCAAGUAGUCAACAUACGCACAAUGAUAGCUAUGGGAGCUCAUACAUGAAGAUUAGAAGUAAUAUACAUAUAAUGCAAAACACAAAGUUGGACCAGCACCUCUAAAUAUGAAAUCAAGUACAGGUGCACGCUACCAUGGCUGCAGUGCAAAAGCAAACACUAUAUGCAGCAGCACACUGCUCCAUGCGCAAAUACAAGUGGAAUACACUGGAAACAUGGAUAAAUCUGAAUUGCAUUACUGCUCUACUUACUAUAUGAAAAUUAGAAGCUCUUUGUGCACAUUUUUGGUCAGAAAUUUGUCCGGCCCAUCUUCCAGCAACAAGGUGGCUUCCAAAAGACGGGACCUACUCUAUCAGACUUGCCUCUCUUUGGCCUAAGCCUACACAAUUCAGGGCAAUGUAGAAUCCAGCUGUAUUAUACUCUCAUUCAAAGCACUAGGCGGGAGUACAAGGUCCAAAUGGAGGCAGCCGCUCCCCCAAAUGUACAUUGCAAAAUCUAAAACUAUAUAUCGAAGUAUAUACAGUUGUGUUAAAAAUAAUAGCAGUGUGUUUAAAAAAGUGAAUAAAGCUCAAAAUCCUUCUAAUAACUUUUAUUUCCAUACACACA